GCGCUGGGACCGGCCCGCGAUGGAGUGACUCCCCGCCCCGGCCUCUCUGCACGGACGGCGCUCGCCCCCCGGAGCCCGACCAGGGCAGCCUUCUCCUCAGGCCGCCGCAGAGGCAGCGCCCGGUUAAGGGCGAGCGGACCCCGUCCGGUCGGAGAAGCCCCCGGGGGAGGGGCAGCUGCUGCUGGGUGCCCGGCUGCCGGGCUCGGGGCGCGGAGCGAUGGCGGCGCGGGGAGCCAGGCGGCUCCUCGGCUCCCUGUGGAUCGCCCUGCUCCUAGGGCAGCCGGACCCAGCCGGCGCCGCCGCCAGGAGCAGCUCGCAGAGCCCCGCAGGGUCCACCGUGAGAACCUUCACUCCGUUUUAUUUUCUUGUGGAGCCAGUGGACACGUUAUCAGUUCGAGGGGCUUUUAUCAUACUGAACUGUUCAGCUUACUGUGAGCCUUCUCCAAAAAUUGAAUGGAAGAAAGAUGGGACUUUCCUAAAUUUGGUGUCAGAUGACCGGCGCCAGCUGCUACCAGAUGGAUCUUUAUUAAUAAACAGUGUGGUGCAUUCCAAACACAAUAAACCUGACGAAGGAUAUUAUCAAUGUGUGGCAACUGUGGAAAGCCUUGGGACCAUUGUAAGCAGAACAGCAAAGCUUACAGUAGCAGGACUUCCAAGGUUCACUAGUCAGCCAGAAUCAACAUCUGUCUAUAGAGGAAACAGCAUAAUUCUGAACUGCGAGGUCAAUGCUGAUCUGGUACCAUUUGUGAAGUGGGAGCAGGAUCGUCAGCCACUCUUUUUGGAUGACCGCGUAUUCACAUUACCAAGUGGAGCUCUAAUCAUUAGCAAUGUUACAGAUGGGGAUGGAGGACUCUAUCGCUGCGUCAUUGAAAGUGGUGGGUCACCCAAAUACAGUGAUGAAGCAGAGCUUAAAGUUCUUCCAGAUCCAGAGGUUCCGUUAAACCUGGUGUUUCUGAGGCAACCUUCUUCACUUACCAAAGUUACUGGGCAAAGUGCAGUUUUCCCAUGUGUCACUGCAGGAUUUCCAACUCCAGUUGUCAGAUGGAUGAAAAACGAAGAACUUACCAUACAAGGCUCUGAAAAAUUUCUGUUACUGGCGGGAGGGAGCCUGGAGAUCAUUGAUAUCACAGAAGAUGAUGCUGGGACAUAUGCCUGCAUUGUGGAUAAUGGGAAUGAGACAAUUGAAGCUCAAGCAGAUCUUACAGUUCAAGCUCCACCUGAAUUUCUGAAGCAGCCUGAUAAUAUUUAUGCUCAUGAAUCUAUGGAUAUUGUCUUUGAGUGUGAAGUGACUGGAAAACCAACUCCAACAGUGAAAUGGAUCAAGAAUGGAGACAUGGUGAUCCCUAGUGACUACUUCAAAAUUGUAAAGGAGCAUAACCUGCAGGUUUUGGGUCUUGUGAAAUCAGAUGAAGGAUUCUAUCAGUGCAUUGCAGAAAAUGAUGUUGGAAAUGCACAGGCUGGAGCCCAGCUGAUAAUACUUGAACAUGAUGUUGCCAUCCCAACAUUACCUCCCACUUCACUGAUCAGUGCCACUACUGACCAUCUAGCACCAGCUACAACUGGACCAUUGCCUUCAGCUCCUCGGGAUGUCGUGGCCUCCCUCGUCUCUACUCGCUUCAUCAAAUUGACGUGGCGGACACCAGCAUCAGAUCCUCAUGGAGACAACCUCACCUAUACAGUAUUCUACACCAAGGAAGGUAUAAACAGGGAACGUGUUGAAAAUACAAGUCGUCCUGGAGAGAUGCAAGUGACAAUCCAAAACCUGAUGCCAGAGACCGUGUAUGUUUUCAGAGUUGUGGCUCAAAACAAACAUGGCUCUGGAGAGAGCUCAGUACCACUGAAGGUGGCGACUCAGCCUGAAGUUCAACUUCCUGGUCCAGCACCGAACAUUCGAGCAUAUGCUAAUUCACCCACUUCAAUUACUGUCACAUGGGACACACCGUUGUCGGGCAAUGGUGAAAUCCAGAACUACAAGCUCUAUUACAUGGAAAAGGGGACAGAUAAUGAACAGGAUGUUGAUGUUGGAGGUCACUCCUACAGCAUUAAUGGAUUAAAGAAAUAUACCGAGUACAGCUUCCGAGUGGUAGCCUACAAUAAACACGGUCCUGGAGUCUCUACCCAAGAUGUUGUUGUGCAAACUCUGUCAGAUGUCCCCAGUGCUGCACCCCAGAAUCUGUCGCUGGAAGUGCGGAAUUCCAAGAGCAUCAUGAUACAUUGGCAACCCCCUCCUGCAGGAACACACAACGGUCAAAUCACCGGCUACAAAAUUCGCUACCGUAAAGCAUCUCGUAAGAGUGAGGUAACUGAGAGCAUUGGUGGGACGCAACUUUUCCAGCUAAUCGAAGGUCUUGAGCGAGGUACAGAAUACAGUUUCCGUGUGGCUGCCUUAACAAGCAAUGGUACAGGACCAGCUACUGAUUGGAUAUCAGCAGAAACUUUUGAGAGUGACCUAGAUGAAACUCGUGUUCCUGAAGUUCCAAGCUCCCUACAUGUUCGCCCACUUGUUACAAGUAUUGUAGUGAGCUGGACUCCUCCUGAAAACCAGAACAUUGUGGUAAGAGGAUAUGCUAUAGGGUAUGGCAUUGGCAGUCCUCAUGCACAGACUAUCAAAGUGGACUACAAACAACGCUAUUACACCAUUGAGAAUUUGGAUCCAAGUUCCCACUAUGUCAUAACUCUGAAAGCAUUUAACAAUGUUGGUGAAGGAAUCCCACUCUAUGAAAGUGCAGUGACCAGGCCUCAUACAGACACUUCCGAAGUUGAUUUAUUUGUUAUUAAUGCUCCAUACACUCCAGUGCCAGAUCCCUCCCCCAUGAUGCCACCGGUGGGAGUUCAGGCUUCCAUUCUGAGCCAUGACACCAUAAGGAUCACUUGGGCAGACAACUCUCUGCCGAAAAAUCAGAAGAUCACAGAUGCUCGCUACUACACGGUCCGCUGGAAAACAAACAUUCCUGCAAACACGAAGUACAAGACUGCAAACACAACCACCUUGAGCUAUUUAGUGACCAGUUUAAAACCAAACACCUUGUAUGAGUUCUCUGUGAUGGUGACUAAAGGUCGAAGAUCAAGUACUUGGAGUAUGACAGCUCAUGGGACUACCUUUGAAUUAGUUCCUACGUCUCCACCAAAAGAUGUGACUGUGGUGAGCAAAGAGGGAAAACCUAGGACAAUAAUUGUAAACUGGCAGCCUCCAUCUGAAGCCAAUGGCAAAAUUACAGGAUACAUCAUUUACUACAGCACAGAUGUGAAUGCUGAGAUACAUGAUUGGGUCAUUGAGCCUGUGGUGGGAAACAGAUUGACACACCAGAUCCAAGAGUUAACCCUUGAUACGCCAUAUUAUUUCAAAAUCCAGGCCCGCAACUCCAAGGGCAUGGGGCCUAUGUCGGAGGCAGUACAGUUCAGAACACCCAAAGCUGAAUCCUCAGAUAAAAUGCCUAAUGAUCAAGCAUUAGGGUCUUCAGGAAAAGGAAGUCGGCCGUUGGAUAUAGGACCUGACUACAAACCACCUAUGAGUGGCAGUAACAGUCCUCAUGGAAGCCCCACAUCCCCCCUGGAUAGCAACAUGCUUCUAGUCAUAAUAGUAUCUGUUGGAGUGAUCACCAUUGUGAUAGUGGUGAUUGUGGCUGUCUUCUGCACUCGUCGCACCACCUCUCACCAGAAAAAGAAACGGGCUGCCUGCAAAUCAGUGAAUGGGUCCCAUAAAUACAAAGGAAAUUCCAAGGAUGUCAAACCCCCUGACCUUUGGAUCCAUCAUGAGAGACUGGAGCUGAAACCCAUUGAUAAAUCUCCAGACCCUAACCCCAUCAUGACAGACACACCAAUCCCUCGCAACUCCCAGGACAUCACACCAGUUGACAAUUCCAUGGAUAGCAAUAUCCAUCAAAGGCGCAACUCAUACAGGGGGCAUGAGUCAGAGGACAGCAUGUCCACAUUGGCAGGAAGAAGAGGGAUGAGGCCAAAAAUGAUGAUGCCAUUUGAUUCUCAGCCCCCGCAGCCUGUGAUUAGCGCUCAUCCCAUCCAUUCACUCGAUAACCCUCACCAUCAUUUCCACUCCGGCAGCCUCGCUUCUCCAACUCGCAGCUAUCUCCAUCAUCAGGUCAACCCUUGGCCGAUUGGCACAUCCAUGUCCCAUUCAGACAGGGCCAAUUCCACAGAAUCUGUUCGAAAUACACCAAGCACAGACACCAUGCCAGCUUCCUCAUCUCAGACAUGUUGUGCUGACCAUCAAGAGCCAGAAAGUGCCACAGCAUCUUAUCUGGCCAACGCACAGGAGGAGGAUUCAGGUCAAAGUCUCCCUACUGCCCACGUCCGUCCCUCUCACCCUCUGAAGAGCUUUGCAGUGCCAGCAGUUCCACCCACAAGUUCCACAUAUGACCCAGCGUUGCCAAGCACACCAUUAUUGACGCAGCAAGCUUCUAACCAUCCAGUUCACUCGGUGAAGACUGCGUCAAUCGGGACUUUAGGGAGAACUCGACCGCCUAUGCCAGUGGUAGUGCCCAGCGCCCCCGAUGUGCAGGAGACCACCAGGAUGCUUGAGGACUCAGAAAGUAACUAUGAACCAGAUGAGCUGACCAAAGAGAUGGCCCACCUGGAAGGACUAAUGAAGGACCUUAAUGCCAUCACUACAGCAUGAACACCUUCACCAGGACAUGACUCCAAAUCCAGUUUCACAAGUCUUGGAACUCAGCCUUGGAACACAAGGAAUUGUACAGAGAAAGAGAGGGACAGCACAUGAGAGCAGACGUAGAAAGCAAACAAACCAACUGGUGCAUUAAUGCUAAUGCUGGUUAAAAAGAUGACUUUUCUCCUCCUCGUCCUGAAACAAAGUCAUUGCCAAGUUGAAGUCUUGUUUGCCUGCUGAGACCAUGCAGGAUGGGACACUUCAGGUGAAAUCUAGUGUCCAAGCAAGAGGGGGGAAAAAAUCAAAUGGACUUUACAUUCUUUUUCUGGUCAGGUUUUGUCUCAGUGGUGUGAUUGCCCUGCCUUUUCAGUGUUGGACAUUCGCAUUUAUGUACAAGUUUAUUUGUGUGUUUUUAUUUUAUUUUAUCUUUUUUUAUAAAAAGGAAAAAAAAUUGUGUAAUCUGAAAAAAAAGAAAAACAUUGUUGUUUUCCACAGCCUAGACUGAUGUUUGACUGCUUGUUCUAUUGUGUAUGAAAAUUCAUUGCCAGUGUGGGGUAUUCUGUUUUGGUUUUUUUUAUUCUGCAUAUAAUUACAUCCCCUUCCAGCAGUUAAUCCAUGGCCAUUUGGGAUGCUGCAUUGCUAUUUGUAAGCUCUUUUAUUAUUUUUAUAUUAUAAUUAUUAAAAGCCUGACUUUCUCCUCUCAUCACUGUGAGAUUACAAAUCUGUUUGAAUUGAAAUGUAACAUUGAAAGACUUGUUUGUCACUUUUUGUGCAGUUUCA